AUGACUUCCGCCACUGCUGCCCAGACCAAUGGUGCGGCUGCAUCUGUCGGCAAGGUUGCAGACCAGCUCGCACAGACCAUCCUCCCCGCCACUAACGGCACCCACACCAACGGAAACCACGACAACAACGAUGAUGAAGCCGACGAGGACGAUGAUGACGACGAGGACGACAACGAAGCCGGUGCCGGUGCCGCCGCAGACACGGAUGCUGCCAAAAAGAAAAAGAAGAACAAGAAGAAGAAGAACAAGAAGAAAUCAUCCAAGGCCAAAGCCACUCAGACCGCCCCUCCUCGUGUCGGUCUCACCAAGAUCUUCACCAACGGCCAAUACCCCGUCGGUGAGAUUCAGCAGUACGAUACCUCCAAGUUCAGCGAAGAGCGCAAGCGCGUUACCGACGAAGAGCUUCGCGAACGAGAGCGCAUCCUUCAGCAAGAAGAAGGCUUUGACUACAACCUCAUCCGUCGUGCUGCCGAAGCCCAUCGACAGGUUCGUCAAUACGCCCAAAGCGCCAUCAAGCCCGGUAUGACCAUGACUGAGAUCGCCGAGCUUGUCGAGGACGGUACCCGGGCCGUGGUUGAAGCGCAAGGUUUCGAGUCCGGUAUUGGUUUCCCCACCGGUGUUUCGCUCAACGAGUGCGCUGCUCAUUACACUCCCAAUGCUGGCGACAAGCGUGUUCUGCAGGCCAGCGAUGUGCUGAAAGUCGAUUUCGGUGUUCAUGUCAAGGGUCGUAUUGUCGACUCGGCUUUCACUCUCAACUUCGAGCCCACUUGGGAUCCUUUGCUUGACGCAGUCCGUGCAGCAACCAAUGCCGGUAUCAAAGCUGCCGGUAUCGACGCUCGUCUAGGCGAAAUCGGUGCUUCCAUCCAAGAAGUCAUGGAAUCCCACGAAUUCCAAGUCAACGGCAAGACUCACCAAGUCAAGUGUGUCCAGAACCUCAACGGUCACAGCAUCGAGCGAUACUCGAUUCACGGUGGCAAAUCCGUCCCCAUCGUCGCCAUGCCCGAUCUCGACGUAAAAAUGGAAGAAGGCGAAUACUACGCCAUCGAAACAUUCGGUUCCACAGGUCGAGGAUACGUCAUUGAUCAAGGUGAUUGCUCGCACUACGCACGGAAGGCAAAGAUGCCCAAAUCGAUCCCGAUUCGUGUUCACUCCGCACAUGGCUUGUUGAGGACGAUCAACAAACACUUUGACUCGCUCCCCUUCUGCAGGAGAUACUUGGAUAGGAUCGGGGAGAAGAACUACUUGUUGGGAUUGAAACAUUUGGUCUCCUUGGGCGUUGUUCAGGAUUACCCGCCGCUUUGUGAUGUUGCUGGUGCAAUGACGGCGCAGUAUGAGCAUACAAUUUUGUUGCGUCCUACUUGCAAGGAGGUUGUUUCUCGUGGUAUGGAUUACUAA